AAAUACAAGCUCCAACAAUUACAAUGUCCCUCUCCUCAGUGUUGCGUCCUCGAAAUCGAAACCCUUUCUUUUCAUUCUCACCUUUUCGUUGGAACCAUGUGGUUCGAAAAAACCCACACUUCGUGGUGAGCGCAGGCCCUAAGAAGAUAUCAUUUGGUAAAGAGUGUAGGGAGGCUUUACAAGUAGGGAUUGAUAAACUCACCGAUGCUGUCUCUCUUACCGUAGGACCCAAAGGACGUAAUGUUAUUCUUUCUGAGUCUGGAAAGCUUAAAGUAAUUAACGAUGGUGUAACAAUUGCUCGAUCCAUAGAGCUUUCUGAUGCAAUUGAGAAUGCAGGUGCCAUGCUAAUUCAAGAGGUUGCAAGUAAAAUGAAUGAUUUGGCUGGUGAUGGUACUAGCACUGCAAUUAUUUUGGCUCGAGCUAUGAUUAAAUCUGGACUGUUAGCAGUUGCAUUUGGGGCUAAUCCUAUUUCUUUGAAGAAGGGGAUGGAAAAGACUGUAAAAGUUUUGGUCAAAUUCUUGAAGAAGAAAAGUAUUCCUGUUGAAGGAAGGGAUCAUAUUAAAGCUGUAGCCUCGAUUUCUGCUGGAAAUGAUGAGUAUGUCGGUAACUUGAUUGCCGAAGCUAUAGAGAAGAUAGGUUCUGAUGGGGUGAUAUCUAUUGAGUCAUCCUCAUCAUCUGAAACCUCCGUGAUAAUUGAAGAAGGGAUGAAGAUUGAUAAGGGUUACAUGUCCCCCCACUUCAUUACAAACCAAGAGAAGUCCAUUGUGGAGUUUGACCAUCCUAAAGUUUUGGUAACUGAUCAAAAGAUUUCGAGUGUCAAAGAAAUCAUUCCUGUGCUCGAAAAGGCUAUGCAGUUGAGUGCCCCACUCUUAAUUAUUGCAGAGGAUAUCACAAUGCAAGUGUUGGAAACAUUAGUAGUGAACAAAAAGCAAGGAUUACUAAGAGUUGCAGUUGUAAAAUGUCCAGGAUUUGGAGGUGCAAAGAAAGCUUUGUUACAAGAUAUUGCGCUUAUGACAGGUGCUGAUUUUCUUUCUGGAGACUUGGGUCUCACACUUGAUGGUGCAACAUCAGACCAGCUUGGUACUGCUCUGAAAGUGACAAUAACCAGUAAUGCGACAACUAUAAUUGCUGAUCCAAGCACUAAGGCUGAAAUUCAGGCUAGAAUUUUACAGAUUAAGAAGGAUCUUACUGAAACAGAUAAUGCAAACCUGUCGAGAAAGCUCUCAGAGAGAAUUGCAAAACUCUCUGGUGGUGUAGCUGUUAUAAAGGUAGGUGCACACACAGAGCUAGAACUGGAGGAUAAAAAACUUAGAAUUGAGGAUGCCAAGAAUGCAACAUUUGCUGCCAUAAAAGAGGGAAUAGUUCCUGGAGGGGGUGCCACAUACGUCCACCUGCUGGACUUGAUACCUACAAUCAGGAACUCCAUGGAGGAUUUAGAUGAGAAAAUUGGCGCAGAUAUUGUGGCGAAGGCACUCCUUGAACCUGCAAAAUCAAUCGCAUCUAAUGCUGGAGUUGAUGGAGACUUUGUUGUCCAGAAGACUAGAACAUUUGAAUGGCGAAUUGGAUAUAAUGCAAUGACUGGCAUUUAUGAAGAUCUUUUAAAUGCUGGAGUAGCAGAUCCUAGUCGAGUUGCAAGGUGUGCUCUUCAAAGUGCAGUUUCGGUUGCUGGAGUGGUUCUAACUACUCAAGCUAUAUUGGUGGAUAAAAUAAAGAAACCCAAGCCACCUGUUCCCAUAGUCCCUGGUAUAACUCCCUAAAAUAGAGAAAACAAUUACAAUUUUGAAAACUUAAUUAAGCCUUCUCCAGUUUGUAUGCCAUUGGUUGAGUCAAAGCUUUUGAAUGUCCCUUGGGUUGGUUUAUACUCGGGCAGCAAAAGAAUGCUCUUUUCAAGAAUGGAAAGGUCACAGGUUGCUGCUUCUUACUCAUGGGUUCUGACUUGAUGAAAACCCGUCUAUCAUGAAUAGAGAUAGGAACAAUUAGACAACUGGUGAAGUUCAAAUGCAUUCCACAGGGAGUGGAACAGUGUUAGGUUUCUUUCUCCAUUUUAUCGAUUCAUUUUAUAGUGACACCGUAGUUGAUAAUAGUUUUGUUCCAUAAAACUU